GUGGCUGAAAGUGGAUACUAAGGCGAUCCAGGCGAUCCACGAUCACGUAAUAACUCAUAAUAACAGGGUCUCGGUAUCUCAUAGCGAUCAUACCACAUGGAAUCUCCACAUAAAGAACGUGCAAAAGGAAGACGAGGGGCUCUACAUGUGUCAGAUUAACACAGAUCCGAUGAAAAGUCAGACAGGCAUGUUGUCGGUCGUCGUGCCACCGGACUUUAUUCCGGAAGAGACAUCGAGCGAUGUCAUGAUACGCGAAGGAGGACAGGUGAAGUUAACGUGCCGUGCAAGAGGCGUGCCUACACCCAGCAUAUCGUGGCGUAGAGAAGACGGGAAGAACAUUAUAAUUCGGAAGCCAUUUGCAGGAAGCGCCUUGAACCAAAAGUCUCAUGUGACUUCAGUAAACGAGUACCACGGCGAAGAGCUAAAACUGACAAAGAUCUCGAGAAACGAAAUGGGAGUUUAUCUUUGUAUCGCCAUCAACGGUGUGCCACCGGCGGUCAGCAAACGUAUUUCUAUCAACGUUCAUUUUUCGCCGGUAAUUCAUGUACCUAAUCAACUGGUAGGUGCACCUCUGGGUACGGAUGUUGUCCUGGAAUGUUUUGUCGAGGCUUCCCCCAAGUCGAUUAAUUAUUGGGUCAAGGAUAACGCGAUGAUAAUAUCGAGUCAACAACAUGACGUGCAGAUGAUCGAAAAAUCAAAAUUUGAGGUCCGGAUGGUGUUAACAAUUCGCAAUUUACAAAAAGACAACGUGGGUACUUACAAGUGUGUAGCCAAAAAUUCUCUUGGUGACGUCGAGAGCAGUAUUCGAUUGUAUGAAAUUUCAGGGCCUACAAAAACUCAAACAGUUGCUCGGCCAUCUUUUUACGAUGAAGAGGAUGAGACUGUCUAUGGUUCGGCAGAAAUCGAGAAAAUGGAGAACAAACCUCUAUCCGUAGACAAUACGAUCAGUGGACACGUAGGAUAUCCAUCGGUUGCAACUCCAGUGCCGACCGUAAGAAUCGGUAAGAAGAGGCCAACAAUCAGCGCCAAUUCUAACGCAAAUCAUCGUCGACGAGCCUCUGAUCUCCUCAUCAUUCUAAUGCUGAUCAUUGCUUGUGAGAGAUGUCAGUGAAUAGACAGGCAGAUAAAGGUUUGGAAAAUCUGCUGUUAUUAGAUAUAGAUAUAUUGAUAUAUUAAUAAUGUAAGAAAGGAUUGAUGUACGAUGCGCUUUAUUUUACAUUAAUUUUGUGCAGACCAAGCACGUAUUCACUUUCCUCAGUGACUUAUUCUUACAUUGUAAUUUUAAUGAUAAAAGAGCAAAAAUGAAUUGAUUUUGGCGAAUCGGUGAAGCGAGGGAAGGAUUUGGAUUAAAAUGAGAUUGUACGCAUUGCAACGUAUAGGAACAGGAUUUUGAAAUUGGGAGAUUUGAAUGAAAAACCUUUCAAGACAUUAAACGAAUUUAUAUUAAGUAUCUUCGAAAGAAAUGUCCUAUAAAGAAAAGGAGAUAUCAGUAGUAGCGUAAGUUUUAUUCAUCGAACAAUUAAUAAUUUUGAAUUUAAUGCUCAAAUUAUAAAAAAAAUGUGGGUGAACUUGUAGAAUCGUUUUGUCCUCUCCGAUUUUAUCGAUUUUUUAAUAUGUUGUAAAGUUCAAUAUUUUGAAAAUUUUUCCCUAUAAUGUAACCAUCGGUCUCGUUUAGUUUCUGAGAUAUUUAUAUUUAUAGUUUCCUAGCAAAAAUCUGUAGAUACUACUACGAUGUAUUUCUGCCUAUAGUUAUGCAUCCGUGGCAGCAUUGGUUGCCGGUCGUGUAUCUUCUGUUUAUAUACGGAAGUCGGGCGAGCUUAAAGGCCUUGUGCACAACUGCAUAUGUGAGGCUGCAAGAAGUGUCUAUAAUAUUUCACUUAAAAAUGAAUAUUAUCAAUUUAUUGGAUUUAGGUUUUGAUCUGGUUUAGUUUUUUUUAAUCUGGUCAUUGGGAGAUGGCCGGACAACGCUUGCGUGAAAUAAUAACAAAUUAAUUAUAAUAGUAAUAGGCAAGUGAAUAAUUGAUACUAUUUUAUGAAAUAAAACAAUCGUUACUAAUUCACGCGAACCUAUACGUAAUACAUUGACGAUAUUCACUUUUAAUUGAGUUAUAAGUUAUAACAAAACAUUUCUUGCAGCGUUGCAUAUGCAUGUUGUACACAAGGCCUUUAACCUUGCUAUUCCUCGUUCAUAAACAGAAGAUAAGCGGACGGUGGCCGGCAACUUAUGCAUCGUUGCGAUAGACACACUAUUAUAGGUAGAAAUUGUAGUGGUACCUGCAGUUGUUUGCGAAUGUCUCGUAAACUAUGUCAGAUCGACGGUUAUAUGUAUAGGAAAAAAAUGUUUAAAAUGUUGAUUCCUCUAAAAUAUUAAAAAAUCAUAAAAAUCGGGUGUGACGGAACACCUAUAAAUUCAUCAAAAUGUGCAUAUACAUAUAUAAUGUGCUUUAUGUCCCAUGACAUUUCUGUCAUGAGAUUCAUACUGUAUAGUAUCUCCUUUUACAAUAGACGUGUUUUGUGGGAGUAGCAGAUAAUUCUAGUAGCCACCUAUUUGUUUGAAAACAUCUUUUGUAAUUAAUUAUAAGAGCAAUUUAAUAGUUUUAUGAUGGUAUUAGAAAAUCCUAAAGACUUUGGGAUAUGAAACCACCAUUAAACGUUUUAUUUUAAUUGAUAACUGAUAAAUUAUUUCUUAAAUAUGUCCAUAAUUGGACUAUGCUCUAAUAUUUCUGUAAUCAAUAGUCACUUCUAUGUAAGUAAACUUUAAUAUGAAAUGAUAUGUUUCGUAUCCUAAGAUUGAAAGGGGUAGUUUCCUUUAGUUUAUUCUUUUUUUGCAAUUAAAUAUUUUAUUCAUACAAAUUCAAAUAAAUAAGUCUAAGUAUCCCAAAGUGCUGCGAAAUGAAGACUGUUAUUCAAAAAAUGACGCUUUAAUACGUGCAGAUGAAAUCCGUGAAAUCCGUGAUUUACAUUUUAGAGAAAAACCUAAAAUUUUCUUGUUUUUGGUACUUGAAAAUUUCUGAAGAUAUAUCUCCUAUAAAGAAAGAUUCGUGAAAUUGAGAAAAGAUAUUUCCUAUUAUAAAAUAUCGCUUAACUUUUACGUGACUAGAAGUCUACGAACGGACCACGGAACUUGUAUUUUUACGUGAGUGGUAUAAUGUGUUCUGUACUAUAAACAUGGCUUGCAUUCUGCUUUUUAAGAUCGUCGUCGUUCUUAAAGAAUGAAAUUAAAGUAGCUACACCCUAAAUUGUAGACAGUCCGAGAUAAAUGCAAAUGUGGACAAUCUAACUUGAGCAUAUAAGUAUGUUUCACAUAUGUAUGUAUGUAUUACAUAGGUAAGUAACAGAGAAAAGGAGACACGUGAUUUGGAAGCGUAUAAUGAAACGAGAUGUUAUAGCUUUACUUUGAGUGAAAACAAACUGGAUAAAAUAUUUAUAUUAACAAGAUCAUACAUACAGAUAUAUGCGAAUAUGUUGUUUGCAUCGAUUUGAUUAUUCGUAUCGAUAUGUAUUCUGUUUCGUUUACUCGUUGAGAAAAAAGUAAGACUUUAAGUCUUUUAUAAGGUCUGCCAUAGGGAAUGCUACACAUAAAUACACGAUACGAUUGCAUCGCGAAUGUUCAAUAAAACUAUUGGAUAUAUAAAAGUUCUAUCCUCGUUUCAUACCUACACGAAAAAUUUCAUAAAAAUUUAUUUUUCUGGAAUAUUUUUAGUUCGUAGAAUUUGAUAUUUUUAAUAGGUAAAAAUUUCUUUCCUACAAAUCCCUGUUCCCUUAUCAAAUUAAUACACAAAAGUCGUGUAAAAGUUUAGUUUUCUAACUAAUUAGUUUUCUAGAAAUUCAUCUGAUUUAAAUUCGAUACACUUUGUGAAAAUCUUGAUACUUUAACAACUUUAAUCGUGAGUAAUUUAAAGAUUCAUCGUGACCACCAUUAUCAAUCCUUGUCAUUCUACGCUCUGAUUAAAUUUAUACGAUAAUAAUGACUGAUCUAAAAGCUAUGAAAAGACAUGAUUCUGUUAAUUUUGAAGAUGAUAAUAAGCUAGCAAAGUAGAAAAGGUUUGAAACGACGAUGUAAGAAUAAGAAAUUUAAGAGGAAACAAAGCAAGGAAGGGUAGAAGAAGAUAAAAUCUACAAUCCUGGCAACAUAUAGACACGCAUACACAUAUGAUACACAUACGUUAUAUUCGCAAAACAAACUGCCAGGUGUGUGCUUCUUAUGUCAGUUUCAACGGCAAUAAAUUUGCGUUAUAUGCAUGUAUAUAUGCUUGUACACGUAUCUAUGUAUCAUACACACGCAAGCUUGCACGUGUACAUGUGUGUGCAUAUUGACACGUCAGGGUAACUAAGUUAUCUGUAUAUGUAAGUAGACCUCGUAAGCAGCAAGUAUUAAUAGGGUAUAUCCCGUUUUUAAUCACUGUCGGCGGUAGCUUCUUAUGCGUUGAGUAUCAAACAUCUUGGCCAAGCCGGAUGCUUUAAUUAACGGACGGAUUCCUUCGGUCGGACCAAGUGAUUUUAGGCAUCGCGUAUAUACGUGUAUCUAUAUGUACACACACUCGCUCACGAACGACAGGUCGAACCUUGAUUAGAUACGUGCAAUCUGUUGAUUUACCUACGUCAAUUUAACGUUAUUAUAUCUUCGUUUAGAAAUAAACGUAUACGUCUUUUCGGAAUAUGAUACACUGGAUAAUGACAUUAUUUUAGGUAGUGCAGUAUUUAUGUGAAUAGUUACGAUUAGGUAGUGUUGUUGUACAUUUGUCUUCCCACGUAAUCGUCUUUGGUAAAAACCAAAACAUUUACUUUUUCGUAACUAAUUGAUUUUUCCAUCAAUACUUACAAUAAUCUUUUAUUUUCUUUUUUUUUUAUCUUUCGAAUUAAAGUCGAGCUCUUCCAUCUGCCAUAAACUUUGUAAAUAGAUUAAUCACGAGUCAAUAGAACCGGUUCGGAACCAAUUCACUGUUUAAUCGUAUCGCAAACUUUCAUAUCAAAAAGAUGAAUGGAAAGGUAUGAGUAUGUGCAAGUUAAAAUGAAAAUUUU